CCAGCUGUUCAAAAACAGUCCAAUUGGAGAACAGCAGCGAACUCUUCACAGAUAUCGCCCUCAACGAUGAGCUUUAUUGACCAGGAAGUUACGGAGUUCCGGGCGAAAUGUGAGAAGCAGGUGCCGCACACAAAGAUCAUAAUCUGCUCCAGUUCCCUGAUCCGAGUUGACAUCUACCCGGAGCGGCCCAACCGCUUGAUGACCGUGUGCCUGCGCUUUCCGGAAAACUACCCGCAGAGCACUCCCAUCCUGGUGGAGCUAAAGAGUCGUGUGUACUCCGACAUGCUGCUGACGGAGCUCACCCGGCUGAUCGAUGACUAUGCCAAGGACUUCCUCGGGAAGCCACAGGCGCUCCUGGUCCUGGCCUUUACCCAGCAGUAUUUGACGGACAAUCCCCUCUGCGUGUGCCUAGACGAGAUCAAGCAGCUAAGGGCGGACAUCAAGACGGGAGGCACGGAGAGCCAGCUGAAGCUGAAGCAGAAGAACCGGAGCGUGGAGCUGGUGGCCAAGGGAGGCCGCUACACCUACAGAGUCACCGCCGUCGUUCCGGACAGCUAUCCCAUGCAGAGUGUGGAGCUGCGCGGUCAGGAAUCCAAUCUUCCGGCCGUGCUCGUGCGCUACCUCAACGGCCAGUCGCGGGAGAUAGCCCGCCAGUGUGUGGAGCCGCCAAUCCGGCUUAGCAAGGAGCAAUUGGCCAAUUUCCGGCCAGUCAGGAGUCUGCAGCGCUCCCUCAAGUUCUGCCUGGAGGCGACCCGGGACUUCCACAUCGAGCUUUGCCCCAUUUGUGAUAGCACCGUGCUGCCGGAGUAUCCGGAGGACAUAGACGCCGAUGACAAUUCGGAUUUCUUCAUCGAGCGCGUCUACUGUGGUCACCUAUUUCACCAGGGCUGCCUUAAGAAGUACCUGUCGGAGCCACCCUUUCCUAAGGGCGGCAAACUAUGUCCGGCUCAACGUCGCCAUCCUCGUUCCGAUGCCCAGACCUACAUGGGAAGGCCCCAGGGAGGCGGAGCCACCGUGUCCCGGGCUCCGGACGAUGCUGUGUGUGGCAUCAAGCUGGCCCAUGAUCGCUGGGUGGUCAGCGUAAAGACGGCGGAGGCUCGCUGGGCCCAGAAACAGGCUCGCCAGCGGGAACUAGAGGAGGUAGUGGACUUCCUGCAAUAACAGAGGGUUCAACCCAAGAACAGCUUUCUGUGUAUGGUUAUGUAUUUUGUGAUUUGUAUUCGAAUACGCUUAUAUUGCUAAAGAUGAAAUAAAUAAAGUGAAGAUGAAGUGCGA